UUCCUAGCAGCUCGUUCUGCUUGUUGGUUACGUUGUAUCAAUCUCCAGUAUAGGAGGGUACUAACAACCAGCAAGAUACAGAUACAUAGAAAGCAGAGGAAUUAACCCAGGGAGGAAAUCUGUUCAAUGUUGGAUUUACUGUACAGGAGACCAAAGGGAAAUAUUAAAUCCUUGAAUGGUUCGAGAUUUAACCUAAAAAUGACCGCCCGAGCCGGUAUUUUCGAUUUGGAACGGGAUCUCAAAGUGUGAUGGCAGCAGUCCAGUGAAUUGCUGGCCUCUCCUUUUCCUUGCCGUUGGAUUUCUUGGGGAGUGCAUUGGUCUGUGGUUAUUUUGACAGAUUUUUGUUGUCAUUCUCGUCAAUUACUUUUACUCUUUCUAUCUAUGGAGUGUACGUAAUCCGUCGUUGUACUGGGGUUUUCACACGGGGGCAAAAUGUGGGUAAAUAGGAAGGGGAUACCUAGACCCUAAGGAUUCUCUCAACCCAGUCCCCCAGCAGUCAGAGAAGGUGGCGGACCUCAUUGAGGCAAACCUGGGCCGUUGGCACUAAAAUGUCCUUAAGUAGUGGCACUGCAGGCGGGAAAGGUGUGGACUCGAAUGCGGUGGACACUUACGACAGCGGUGAUGAGUGGGACAUCGGUGUAGGAAAUCUGAUUAUCGACCUUGACGCUGACUUAGAAAAGGACAAACUUGAGAUGUCUGGAACCAAGGACGGAGGGGGUAUGACGGCUCCGCCCACUGCUGUUGCAGCUUUGCCUGACAACAUCCGAUUUGUUAGUCCUGUACCUGGCCCUCAAGGCAAGGAGAGUAAAUCUAAAUCCAAACGCAGCAAAAACUCUAAAGACAAUAGUAGCAAGGUCUCAGCUGGAGAUGGGACCAAGAAAGAAGGGCAGACGCGAACCCAAGGGGAACCAACCAACACUGGUGCUACUGCAGGAGCCACUAGCAACAAUUCCACUACUGGCAAAGGAAUGGAGAAGGGUGGCAAAGUCUCUCGGAACAGUGGUAAAAAAGACAAGGAAGGGGCAAGUGGGAAAAGUAAGAAGGAGAAAAGCGAGGGAGUGCCAGUGGUGGUAAUAGCUGCCACUGAAAAGGAGGUGGUUUCUCAAGUAGCUUUGGGGGUUAACCGUAGUGCCCCCUUUGAGAACACACAAUCUACAGACUUGGUAGGGGACGAUCAGUUGGGGAAUAUUGCACUCGAGUCUGUUGGGAUUGUUCCAGCAUUGACAAUUAAAACUGAACCACAGGAGCUGGACAAUAUAGAAUGCAGAACAUUGAAGAAAGUGAAAAAUGAAAAGAUGGAAUCUCCUGUCUCCACACCGGCCCCUCCCGCCCUCCACCUCCUGGCCGCCGUGGGCGACAACAUCGCGUCCCCGUGCGAGCAGAUAAUGGUGCGCACGCGCUCGGUGGCGUCCAACACAUCAGACGCGUCCCUGGCCACGGAGCCCGAUUGCCUUGGUCCCUGCGAGCCCGGGACUAGCGUCAACCUGGAGGGCAUUGUGUGGCAAGAGACCGAAGACGGCAUGCUGGUGGUGAAUGUGACCUGGAGGAACAAGAGCUACGUCGGCACCCUGUUGGACUGUACUCGACAUGAUUGGGCACCUCCCAGGUUCUGUGAGUCUCCCACCAGUGACUUGGAGAUGAGGAAUGGCCGGGGCCGGGGCAAGAGGAUGAGGCCCAACAGCAACACACCCGUCAACGAGAACAGCAACUCGUCGGACAACAAGGGCAGCGGCACCAGCAAGACACGUGCUGCCAACAACAACAGUAAGGGUCGGCGGGGCAGCCAGACGUCGUCGGAGCGCCGCACGCCACCCAACAGCAACACAGAGGAUGUCAAGGCCAGCCCCUCAUCGGCCAGCAAGCGCAAGUCCAAACCUGCCUCAGACAUGGAGCCCAACUCCAGCUCUGAGGACACCAAAGGCAACAAGCGCAUGCGGACCAACUCCAACAGCGGAGGAGGAGGGGCGCUUCCCCCUGUCCCUCCCCCCAUCCCCUCAAUUAAAACUGAGCCCCAGCCCCCGACACUCGACCGCAACUGUCCCUCGCCGGUCCUCAUCGACUGCCCGCACCCCGGCUGCAACAAGAAGUACAAGCACAUCAACGGCCUCAAGUACCACCAGGCCCGCGCCCACAACGACGACGACGACAUCAAGCUGGACCUGGAUGGGGACAGUGAAUACGGGGAGGACUCCACGCUUCACCCUGAGCCGGGGAACUGCAACGGGGCCUCCAGUUCUCACAAAGGCUGUCUGUCUCCCGCACGGUCUGUCACCCCCAAAGGAAGGGGCUUUGACUGCCAGAGUCCGUCUCCUUCCCCGGGCAAGUUUGGUUCCAAACAGAGUAAAAAGAAAGGUGGCGACGCUGACCCUGAAGCAAGCGGCAUACCGAUGGAAGGCUGUGACGACGGGCCCUGUCUCACCGAUGAGGCCAGCAACGACGGCAUGGAAAAGUCCAAGUCCCACAAAAAGUCCAAGACCGACAAACUAUCUCAGAAGAACAUGAAGUCAUCGUCCCGGCCUGUACCCCCAGGGAGCGUAGCUUCCCAGCAGCUCUACUCCCUACAGGCUGCCUCUUUCCCUGCCGGGGGGAACCCCAAUGCUUCUCUAGGGAUCCCCCCUAUGAUACAGGGCAUCCCCAAAAGCCCCCAGAUGAAGGGCACCCAGCCCAUCAAACCCCCCGCCGUGAUGGGAGACCCUGUCGCGCUGAACCCUGUCACGCUGAACCCUGCUUCCGGUGCCUCAAAAGAAAAGAAGAAGAAGGAGAAGAAGAAGAGAGACAGCAGGAAGGAGGCAGAGAGCCCUAAGCCUCUGGGGAAAGGGGGGAAACCAGAAGAGGGCAAGAGUCCCUACUCUGAGUCCUCAGAGCCAGGAAAAGGUGACGGGCUACUUAACGGCUCCUCGGACCCCCACCAGAGCCGUCUUGCCAGCAUCAAGGCAGAGGCGGAUAAGAUCUACAGCUUCACCGACAACGCCCCCAGUCUGUCCAUAGGGGUGGCCAGCCGGAUAGAGGGCACGGGAAUGCCUCAGCCACUCACGCCCCUCCACGUGGUCACCCAGAAUGGUGGCGGAGCCGACAACUCCUCGGUCAAGACCAACAGCCCGGCGUACUCGGACAUCUCGGACGCAGGGGAGGACGGCGAGGGCAGACUUGUGGAAGGGGUGAAGGUCAAGGUGGAGGACCAAGGUAUCAGAGAAGGAGCAAAGAAAGCCUUGUUUCCCAGCCAGACGCCCAACAAGGAGUCUCCGUACUAUGCCGGCUAUGAGGCCUACUACUCGCCCAACUACACCUGCCCCAGCCCCGGUGCCGCCAACCCGGGCAUGCCGCACACCGGAAGUCCGGCAUUGAAAGUGAAGCGUGAGGACGAACAGGAGAAUGUGGAAGACAAGGUCAAAGUGGAGCCUCACGAAGAUCGCAAAGCCGAGAUGAACGCCUCCAGUCAACAACAACAACAACAUCAUCAUCAUCAUCAACAACAACAACAACAACAGCAGCAGCAGCAGCAGCAGCAGUCAGUCAUCCAACAGCGCUCCAACAUGUACAUGCAGCCUCUCUAUUACAACCAGUACUCCUACGUUCCCCCGUACGCCUACCACCCGGACCAGGCCUACCACAACCACCUGCUCAACACCAACCCGGCCUACCGGCACCAGUAUGAGGAGCGCCAGCGCCAGGUGAUCUCUGAGCAGCACCGGGUGGCGGUGGCGGAGAAGAAGAGCUCUGACGCGGCGGCCAUGAAGGAACGCGAGGCCUCCAUGAAGGAGGAGUGGAAGCAGAAGGCCUUGGGGCCGCCCACUCUCUCCAAGGCCCCUGGAAAGACAGACAGCCUGGCCAACAAGACCCAACAGAACCAGGGUAAGACCAGAGACUCUCCAUCGGAGCCCUCCAAGGCCUCCGCCACAGGCCUGAAAGGAGAGGUAUCUAAGUCACAGCAGGCCGAAGGGCUGAAGAUGAAGCUGAGUGAAGGGGGGCACCAUGGGAAGGAGGACUCCAAGCCAAGCCUAGACUCCAGAGCGGGGAUAGAGCAAGCCAUGUGGUACAGACAGCAGACCCAGAUGGAGGACGAGCAGCAACAACCACCACCGCGGUGGAAAGACGAGAGAGACCGAGAGCGAGAGAGAGACCGCGACCGCAAAGGAAAGGACGACAGGCCCAACAGGCCCAAGGAGAGUGGCGGUCCCAAAGAGGAGGAUGGCACUGGUCCGAAAGAGGGCACAGACCCCAGAACGUCUUCUGCUGAGGACCAACGGGCCAUGGGCAAAGACCCUCGCGCCAAUGCCCACAUGCAGUUCUCCUCGGCCCUGGCGCAGCACCAGGGCUACAUGCCCUAUAUGCCUGGUUACCCUUAUGGGCAGGGCUAUGACCCCAGCCACCCCGGGUACAGAGGCAUGCCCACAGUCAUGAUGCAGAAUUACCCAGGUUCCCCCUACCUGCCCGCGGGCUAUCCGUUCUCCCCUUACGGCGGCAAGAUGGCCGGCGGUGAGGAGGAGGCGAGGGGAGGUGACAAGUCGCGCGCCAGCCCCACGGUGAGCGGCAAGGCAGCUUCGGUGGACUCCAAGGCCCUGGACAUCCUGCAGCAGCACGCCAGCCAGUACAAGAGCAAGUCCCCCACGGUGGGCGACAAGCCGUCCCAUGAGAGGGACAGGGGAGAGAGGAGCGGCGGGGAGAGGGAACGAGAGAGGGACAUGGAGCGGCCACGCUCCUCGCCCUCCCAGCGCAUCAUGCCCUCCCAUCACCACCUGGGAUACCCGCUGCUCUCGGGCCAGUAUGAUCUGUCCUACACAACAGGUCUCUCGUCAUCAGCUAUUGUUGCCAGUCAGCAAGCCGCAGCCCCCUCCCUCUACCCCCCGGCGCGGAGAUGAAAACGGGAGACGUGACCGACACCUCGCCACCCUGCAAAGAUUCAUGUGACUGGCUCACAUGAGGAAGCCCUGGGCUCCGAGUCCAUUUUAGACAUCAGUUGAAUGGUGUUUCUAUAUUUGUAGUUCUCUGCCUGAAUGUCCGGCAGAUACAUUUUUUUCUUCUCCUAGCAGCAUCUUUUUCCCUCGUUUCCCUCCUGCCCCACCGUGGACUGGGACUGACCUCAUCCAAGGUUCAAAGCCAUCACUGUCUGCCCAUGUGCACACCUCCGCUGAUAUCUAUUGGUCUUUGCACUGUUGAUGAACGAACACAUGCAAAAAUAGACCAAUUGACUGCCUGAAAAGCUGAAAAGGGGUUCUGACUGCAUAGUUUUUUUUUAGUCCCAUGCAGAACGGGGCUGGGUGGCUGGGGGGGAUGAUGGGGGAGGGGUCAAACUAAAAUAAAGACUGACAAAACUAAACAAGUGAAUCAUGUUGAAAUGUUUGAACUUGCUGUUGUUGACCUGUUGUACCCAGUGUGCCAGUAUAUCCUGACAAUUGUCAUUAGUAGGUUUACUGUGUGUGGUGAAAGGACGCUUGAGGAGAGAGGCUCAACCUCCUCAGACUUCUAUAGGCGUUGAAGGGUUUGUUUUCUCGUCCCUCAACCAGCCAUUUGCUCGCUAAACACCUCUUGGUUCACUCUUCAGGGAUAGACAUAAUUAUUGUGUGAAGGGAACACAUUCACCUCAAUACAGUUCAUGUUUUGUGUUUUCUUGACAUUUGCAUUGUUCAUUUCACGGCAUGAGUGACUUUUCUUUCAGUUAACUUGAUUCCUCCCCACUUCCCAAUCCAUCCUUUAAUGUGUUUUUGAUACGCCAGUCUCACUUCACCCUUUCCAUACACUGAAUCAACCAAAUCACACGCAUACCGUGGCUCACUCUGAUCAAUAUUGCACUGACUGAUGGACAGUUGUAACCAUGGUUUCUGUUCAGAAGUGUAGAGCUGUUUGUUACCUCAGAACACUGGGGAUCAUCUACUGAAGAGGUCGGCCAUUUUCACCUGUCAGCCUACAGUACCUUACUGGUCCUUCAAUCGGCACAGCAAAUGGACCAGCUCGUUAUCCUGUCAAUUUCCAUGGAGGAAGAAUCAAACGACUGAUUGCAGAGGAUGAGGAAGGAUGCACAAUGUAAAGUCAAGGCAUAACCAGGGAGGAGCGAUGCCCGGCUAGACAACACACAACCAACCACGCACAUCUAGCUGCUAGCUCAGAGCGACCCCAUCCCGUCAGCAACACCACUUGUGUGGGCAGCGCUUCACUCCUAUAUAUCCUUGGCUUAGCAACCCUUCCCCUGUGUUACAGUAGUGCAGCACUGAGCCAAUGGGGGAGUCCCAGUAGAUUCAACCAAGCCUGGCCAAUGUCUGGCACUCCUAUCACUGGGUGGCCCUUCAGGUGACAACUGCCAGAGACUGUUACAUGGUCACAUUACAGCUGGGCUCCCCUCAGUAGAGGGACAUCACCUCAUUCAACCCCCUCUCUCUGCCAGUCACCUCAUUCAACCCCCUCUCUCUGCCACUCACCUCAUUCAACUCCCACUCUCUCAGACCAGUGGGGCUUGUAGGGGUUUUGGAGAUGAGGGGGGGUGUAGUCAGACCAGUGGGGCAGUAGGGGUUUUGGAGAUGAGGGGGGAGUGUAGUCUCUCAGACCAGUGGGGCACUAGGUGUUUUGGAGAUGAGGGGGGAGUGUAGUCUCUCAGACCAGUGGGGCACUAGGGGUUUUGGAGAUGAGGGGGGAGUGUCGUCUCUCAGACCAGUGGGGCACUAGGGGUUUUGGAGAUGAGGGGGGAGUGUAGUCUCUCAGACCAGUGGGGCACUAGGGGUUUUGGAGAUGAGGGGGGGGGAGUGUCGUCUCUCAGACCAGUGGGGCACUAGGUGUUUUGGAGAUGGGGGGGGAGUGUCGUCUCUCAGACCAGUGGGGCACUAGGUGUUUUGGAGAUGAGGGGGGAGUGUAGUCUCUCAGACCAGUGGGGCACUAGGUGUUUUGGAGAUGAGGGGGGAGUGUAGUCUCUCAGACCAGUGGGGCACUAGGGGUUUUGGAGAUGAGGGGGGAGUGUCAUCUCUCAGACCUUUGGGGCACUAGGGGUUUUGGAGAUGAGGGGGUGUUAAUCAAAGGUUAUUUAAAAACAGUCACAGUGAUCUUAGAUUUGUUCUUUACCUGUUUAUUUAUUCAAGAACCCUUUUUGGAGAAGAUCUAGGGAUGUUGUCUGGAUUGAAGCAUGGAUGAACUCUUGAGUUGAGAAGCUUAAUUUAACCUUUGUGCCCAUUUAAGCAAGUAGCCAUGAAAUGAUGCCUCCGUAGUGGGAUACAGCACUUAAAACACAACACAAUGUCCUCCCCUCCACUAAUGUAGACUCCUUUCCUAUUCACACAAAGUAGUCGCUAUACAAUGUAUAGAAAAGGCUUCAUAUGGUGUGUGAGCUGGAGUCGUUGAGAGUGAAGCUAAACCAGUCAUUAAAAGUCAAAGAUGUAUAUUUAUUUUUUCAGGGAGGGGUACUUGCGCUAUACAAACGAGGCUUGUUGACAGUCUGCCCUGUAAGAAACUGUGGAAUGUUCCAGAAGUCAACAUACUGCUGGCCAGAACAUUAUCACGAUUGUCAGGUAGCUUUUUUAAAAUUUUACAUUUAGUUCAGUAUUGAAGUACAUAAAUACACCUGGAUUUCACUAACUUGAACCUGCUAGCUUGGUGGUGUAACCCCUUGUUAAGGACUAGGACAGUUAACAUAUUAGUCUCAUUGUGUUGCUAGUUUCUUGUCCUAUAGGACUAGGACAGUUAACAUACUAGUCUCAUUGUGUUGCUAGUUUCUUGUCCUAUAGGACUAGGACAGUUAACAUACUAGUCUCAUUGUGUUGCUAGUUUCUUGUCCUAUAGGACUAGGACAGUUAACAUAUUAGUCUCAUUGUGUUGCUAGUUUCUUGUCCUAUAGGACUAGGACAGUUAACAUAUUAGUCUCAUUGUGUUGCUAGUUUCUUGUCCACAAGUGUCAUGGUUCAUAAAUGGAAUGGUGUUGCGACCUGUAUAUCUGAAUGUGACAGUGUGUUGAGAUGUCCUGUACCACUAAUAUCUACUAGAAAUAUAGACCGCUGUGACGUUGUAUGACGCUUCAGUGGAUUGUCAUUUCUACAUGUCCCAAGCAGAAUGGCUUUCCACUGGAGGAAGAGACCAGUGCAUUGCUCCAAAGGACAGAGAUUUAGACUUGGUAGUAGGUUGAAUAAGAAUCGUAUUGCCUUGGGGGUAUGAUAAAGCCACACAAGCAAAGUACUUACUAUCCAGCAUCCAGCAACUUAAAGGAAAAAGCUCUUGAUUUUGUCUUGUUAUUUUUGGAGGACAUUCUUUGUUAGCUACUCUUUGAUUGAGUAGUUUUUUUGUUCUCCAGAACGGCAGUUGCUUCAGUUGUCUCAAUUGGUGCUUAUAAAAACAUCCUUUAUCCCUGGGAACAAAGACACUCUUUCCGACACUCUUUUUUCUCACCUUCCUCACGGGCCCUCUCCUCACCCUCCUCACGGGCCCUCUCGUCUCCCUCCUCACGGGCCCUCUCGUCUCCCUCCUCACGGGCCCUCUCGUCUCCCUCCUCACCUUCCUCUCGUCUCCCUCCUCACCUUCCUCACUGGCCCUCUCGUCUCCCUCCUCACCUUCCUCACGGGCCCUCGUCUCCCUCCUCACGGGCCCUCUCGUGUCACUCAAAACCCUCAAAGUAUCAGUCACUGGUACUUGCAAGGAUGUUUACAACGGUUUUCAUUUCUAUGGUUGAGCCCUGUCUCCUGUGGUCUCACCCCUUCCCUCCCUCUUCUCCUUCAUCCUCCCCUUCAGGAGUUUAUGUAAAGUGUGCAUUACCACCACGGUUCUUUUUUAUACAAUACUGUAUAAAUUUGGGCGAAAAAUAAAUCUUUUUAUGAGACAAUCAUA